CCCAAGCCCACACCUCCCAUCUUGGGUCGGGCGAAACAUGGCGACACUUGUCGACGAAGCAUGGCGAGCCAGGCUGAGAUUGACCUGGCACUGCCAAUUUUAAGGAGAACGACCCCCCAGCUAUGUCUGGCAUCGUUCACAACGAGAGUGCUCAUCUGUAUGUAUUACACGUAGAGACGCUCAAGUUUGCCCAACGCUUGGACGUGGCCUCGUGUCAGUGUCAUUGGUACGUGGGCGACGCUCAUCAUGCUUCCGCGCGGCUUCCGGUGACACCGCCAGGGCAGAAAUACCUCUUGGAUUUCUGCACCUUUGUGGUGGCCGAGCAUCAGGCAGAGGUGGAAGUCAAAUUGACGGUGGCCACAGUUGAGGGUGAGCAUUUAGCAGUAUACUUUGGUCAAUUGGCGCAUCUGGCGCAAGACCAGCAAUUCGUGAGGCGUGAUCUGGAGCUGAAGAAUGUACAGGGCACUGUUGCCACAGCUGUGGUCUUUUGUGCACUUCAGCCGCGUUGGACGGUGGGCCACGCUCGGGCGCUGCCAGCCGGUGACGCGAUCAUUGUUGGACAUGAAGAUUCGCAAGCGUCAUAUGUUUUAGAGCACAUCUUCCCAGAGAAAGGAAAAGAAAAGGAGAAUGGUCGUUUGGAGCCGGAGGACACACCUCUAGGAGUUGCAACGGAGACUGGAGAGAAAACGGCCGAUGCUGUGUUGAAGGUUUCCACAAAAGAGGCAAGACGAUCUUCCAAGGUGAAGCGCCGCUCGGGGCGUCGCAGGUCCGACUCAGUUUCUUCCGUGGCUGUCGAGCCAGGGAAGACAGAGCUACUGCACAGGAUGGCCGGACCCAAGAGUCCAACGCCGGAGCCGCAGCGAGCGGAAGCAGAGAAGCCCUGUUUGGACGCCCUUUGCUCACCACCUCUCUCCACACGGCAGCGGUCCGACGCCACAUCACCCACGCGGGCGGAGAGCUGUGAUGCGCUGGAGAAGAGCAUGGAGGAGCCGAAAAAUCUGGAGGAUGCUGAAGUCGAAGCUGCAAUCUCAGAGGCCCCGCCCACGAGCUCCAACUGCGUCAGCGAGCCGCGCGCACCCAGCGAGGUGGAUUCGUCAACCACUUCGGAGAAGACGGCGCCCUCGGAGGGUCGCCAAGAUGUAAGAGUCGAGGCGCUGGAGGCGCCACGCUCAGACUCGGAGCCGGAGCUGCCGCUGCCCAGUCGGCAGGAGCUCACAGAGGAAAUCAACGAGAUGCGUGGCUCACUCGUGCAGAGAGGAGGCCCGAUGGGUCCUAUGGGUGGCCUUUGGUGCCGUGCGCAGCGUGCCUAUGCGGAGGACUGUGCAAAGCAGUGUAGAAGACCGCAGGACGGCGAUGAAGGCGGUCCUGCAUUGUGGCUGGGCACCAGGCCAUGUUCUCACGAGAAGAUUUCUCAGGUGCCAUUGAAGAGCAUGGGUGUCACGGGUGUGAGGCCUGCUCCUUUGGAUGGAUGGCAAGUUCAUGAACGCGCCCGAUGGUUUCGUGUCAUGGCUACAGCCUUAAGCAUCCGACGACGUCCAGAGGUGGACGCCCCCUUAGCUGGAGAGCUUCCCUUUGGCGAGGUCUUUCAGGCCGUGUCCUCAACUGGAGAAGAUGGUUUCAAGUUCCUGGAACUUUCUCGAGGCCGGGGUUGGGUCUUCAGCGAUGCUCGGGUGCAGCCAGUGCUGGUCAUUGAUGAGACUGCUGCUCCAGUUGCGAUCGAGGCUGAAAGGAGACCAAUACAGGCUCCGGUCGAAGCAGAAGCAGAGCCAGAACCCAAUUGUCAAUCUCCAAGGAUCUCAGUGGAAGCAAAGCCUCUUCGGAGCUGGACACAGCCUCUUCAGCCUCGCGCCGUCAGAGGUCGAUCGCGUGGAAGCCAUGAAAGGCUCGGGCCACGAACAAGCCUCAAGGAGACGAAGGGGACUCAGACCACAGCAGCACCGGCGACUCUGCCUCCCGACGCUGACGUCUCGGCCGAAAAGGUAGUGCCGCGGAUGGUGGAGCAAAGGCCGGCCCGGCCCGCAGCCCUGGCGCCUCGCGCCUCCACGGAGCCGGUCCGCGCCACCCACCGGCGCCGCAGUUGGUCGGAGGCGCCCGAGCCGCCGGCGGAGGCGGCGAGCCAGUCACACUCGGAAGAUGGGACGAGGCUGAAGACAGACACCUCUGGCCCGUUACAGGCAUUCCCCCGGCAGCCGGUCAGGGCGAAGCAUUCCUUGGCAUCACAGUGUUUCACUUCAUCGCCCUUGACGCCCGAACCCGAAGUAGGGGCUCCGACAGAAUGGUCUCCUUGGAGACGUGCUUGGAGACGAGCGAGGAGUGCAGAAGCGCAGACCAUCCGGCAUUUUUGGGACUUCAGGAGUGCCAGAGAGAACCUCGAAGAGCGACAGAAGGUUCAGGCUGCACUGUUGAAGGUAGCUUUGCGCGCUCAUCCGAAAGACGGUGGACUCAGGUCGACAUCAAUGCCAGCGCGGUGCCGAAGCAACAGCUCUAGUCUCAGGCGUUUGUCCCUUUUUGAGGAGACCAUGGUUGACGGCCAUUGGAACACUGUGGCUGUGGCCAAGAGACCGUCACAGUGCCGUGCCCAUGAUCUGUGGGAGGGACGUGCCCUGACUCACGGCAGUGGAGUCUUCAGCCGUCACUCCACACCGGCGGUGCGCGGUCAGAACAAACCUCUGACACCUCGACGGCCUGAACACAUCCUCUCUGAAGACCGUGUCACGGUGCCUCGCUACGGCAUUUCUGACAUUUUAUUGCGUUCAGCAGUUGGACUGUGAUGUUUUGCCUUCAACACCACUCACUGCCCUGAAGGCCCUGAACCCCUUGUGCGCAAGCACCAUGUUAAGGCUUGAGGGCCGAGCCACACAGAUUGAUGGCCGAAGCCGGGGAAACCACUGAGAG